AUGAUGAUAUGGCACCUCUACGUAAAUCUACUGGUGUUAGUGUGUUGCGCUGGGAUUUUCGCUGUUUACGAUGAUUACGGUAAACAUGAUGCAACAGAAACACGGAGAUCAUCCACAUGUGAUUGUCCGCGGCAAACAUAUGGUGUCGAAUACGAGCAUGCGGAAUUCAAGAAGCCAUCGAUGGACAAUUGUGAAUAUCAGCACUGCAUAUUUGAGAUUCAACCCUCACAUAAUACAAGUCUAGCAGUAACAAUUGAAUCGGUAUCACUUUCUGUUCGCGAUACUGUCCGAAUUUAUCAGUAUUUUAAUGCGAAUGGAACUGAAAUCGAGUUGUUGCAUUGUGCGGAGCUAAAAACGAUGCAUGAAAAUUAUGUAUUUACCGCAGCCGUUGGCGUAGGUUUUCGCAUACAUUCUCAUUCCUACAGACGAUAUUAUAGCGCUACAUCUUUCACAAUCAGUUUUGAUCGAGUUGGAUCAGAGAUAAAAACCUGCCCAUAUCCACUUCUCGUCGCCUCUCCGGACUUCCAACAAAUUCCCAUAUUCGAGCGAGCUGGGCAUAUGUGCUGUCCAUUCCGACUCGUAUCAUCAGUUCCUGGCCGUAAACUGUACUUUAUAUUCAACCAAUUGAAAGGUGUUGUUUACGAUCAGAGGGGUGAUGAAGAGAUUUUCUUCAAGUAA